UUUUUCAACACCCACAGCUUCCAUUUAACAAUCAGAAAUUUUCCACUCUGAUCAAAGGGGUUCAACAGAGAGGGCCAAGGGCACAGCCUGUUCUCAGCAGCCUUGGGCAGAUCAAGAGGCCCUGCUACCCACUCACUGUCCAAGCCCACCAGAGGACACAGACUUCUCCCUGGAUCAGUUGCGCACACAUGAAACACUGCUUUGCCUCAGACCCACCUCCAGCAGUGGACCAAGUGAAUGUGCACACACAUGCCUUCCUAAACGGAGCUCAAUUCAGGACCAAGGGGACCUCAGGUUCCUGGAUUAUAAAACAGACAUACUGCCUACCACUCUACUAGGCCCAAGAAAACAACUCAUCAAUUCAUCAUGUACCUCCUUCAUAUCAGAAUUUAUUAUUUCAUGGAUUCCCUAGGAAGUAUAUCCGACCAAUUCCUAAGUUGAAACUAGCUCAGAAGUUAGGCAUCUGUGCAAUGCUGCAAUGGUAAUAAACCAAACUUGGCUUUGAACAUGGGGCAUUUCCUUAGUGGAUUCUGGCUCCCAGCAAAAAGUGAGCAGAAAGGGACCAGGUGCUACCAAGAAGGGGCCACCUCCAGGGUGACAACAAAUUAAGUUUUCCAAAAGCCACAUCUAGAGGUGGCUGCUGUGCAGUGAUUAAUAUUUUCAGUGUCGUCCUGACACAUAGAUCAUUAGUAACUAUAAAUAUGACUCAGCUCUGUGUCCCAGGAAAUCUGUUAUAUCUAAAUUCCAGACGUGGCCCUGGAGACUACUUGGGAUGUUUAACAGGAAUUGUCCAACACCAUCUGCCAAGUCAAUUCCCAUUUAUGAAGUGGUCUGACAUCAUUUGGCUUGAUCUCCAUGAUGACUAUAAUGCAGAGAGAGAAAGGAAGAGCCGUAAGGACUGAGACAAGUACCCAGAGCUGAAGGGGGGAAAGGUUGACACUGCACCUCAGCUGUUCAGCCAGCAAGUGCAGGGAAGGUUGGACUACUCAGUGCAGGCUUUGAGGGGGCCCUGACAGGUUCGAGCAUGCAGCCAAGUUCCUUCCCACUUUGACACUUGCAGCUUUUAUUAACAAUGUUUUCUCAUCUUCAAAGAAGAAAUGCCAUGUGGCUCAGAGGGAGGAGAUAAGGAUGGAGUGAGGCCAUAGGUCACGCUCCCAGGACUGUGCCUGAGCCUACAGAUGUUCAGUAAUCACUAGUCACACACACACACACACACACACCACACCCCACAAACACACCUACACCACAUAGGCACCCCCACGCAGUGCACUACAUGGGACACUUUUCACCCUCUGUCCACACCACAGCACCCCCUAAUUCCUUCCCCCUUUUCAGCCUUAUGGAAGUCCUAAGGUCAUCUGCCUGUUUAACAGAUCCCAAAACGCCCAGCAAGAGUUUUUGUACAAAAGCUCAAAUUUUCCAGAUUCCUGUCCCCUCCCGGGACUUUGAACCUGCCCCCCAAUUUUUUGCUGCUGUGAAUGAAUCUGCACAAGUGUGAGUUCUUUCUUCCCAGACAGUGGGUGGUACCUCCAGCUCCCAGAAGAUGCCAGUGUUAUCUGACUCAGCCCUGUGGCCACUCUACUGCCGUCCAAGGAAAGUAGCUUCCCAGACCUGGCAAGGAGUUUUAUCUGUGAGAUCUUCUGAGCCACGGCCUAGCCAAAGACCAUGCAGCCUUUCAGGCAGGAAGGAGUCUGUGGCUGAAUCUGAACGAAACAGAAGUUACUUCAGGCACACACACACACACACACACACACACACACACACACAGAGGGGAACUGUCAUUUUCCUAUGUGCUCUCUGACAUCAGCCACCUUCUCUCUAGUGACAGUUUCUCUGCACUCAACUGAAUCCCAGGCGACGAAAAAUGAACCUCUCCCCCACCCUUGCUGCCGCCGCCUUUUGCCUCACGCCCCCAGAGAAGAGUUUCUCCACCAGGCAGCCGGUGAAGAUUUUUUUCCAAGUCACAUGAUCCAGGAUGCAGGGGGAAAAUCCUUCUUGGAACAGAGAUGGGCCCAGAACUGAAUCAGAUGAGGACAGAUAAGGUGUGAUGCAGGGAAGACUAUAUAAAGAAUGGACCCAGGGCUGCAGACGCACGCACGCAGCCCAGGGGCCCCUUGCCCAGACCCAGCCAUGCAUGUGCCCCCUGGCUCUGUGGCCAGCCACUUGGGAGGAACCAGCCGCAGAUGCUUCUACUUCACCAUCGCCACACUGGCUCUGUGUCUCGUCUUCACGGUGGCAACCAUUAUGGUCCUGGUGGUUCAGAGGACGGACUCCAUUCUCAGCCCACCUGGCAAUUCCCCCCAUAAAGGAGAAAACUGCUCAGAUGACCUCCUGUGUAUCCUGGAAAGGGCUCCAUUCAAGAAGUCAAGGGCCUACCUCAAAGUGUCAAAGCAUCUCAACAGUACCAAGGUUUCUUGGAACCAAGAUGGCAUUCUGAAUGGAGUCAGGUACCAGGAUGGGAACCUGGUGAUCCAGUUCCCAGGCUUGUACCUCAUCAUUUGCCAACUGCAGUUUCGUGUGCAGUGCUCCAGUCAUUCCGUGGACCUGAAGUUGGAGCUUCUCGUCAACACAAAGGUCAAAAGAGAGGCCCUGGUAACCGUUUGUGAGUCUGGAAUACAAACGAAACACAUAUACCAGAAUCUCUCUCAGUUCUUGCUGGAUUACUUGCAGGCCAACACCACCAUAUCAGUCACAGUGAAUAAAUUCCAGUAUGUGGAUAUAGACACCUUUCCUAGGGAUAAUGUGCUAUCUGUCUUCUUAUACAGUAGUUCAGACUGAGCAGUGUCUCUUGGCCUUCAAGAAGAAAACAACUCUUUACCAAACAGUACUUCAUCUCUCCAAAUACUUGGUCAAAAAGAAAAUGUUAGAGCAAAACUGAAACCACAAAGCAUAUUAAAUAGUAUACUUCUCUUUCUGUCUCUUGGAAAGAUACAUAUCCAGGGUUUAAAAAGUGAAGUGUCAUUUGGAGGAAUGGUAAGGGAGUGCCAUAGUGUGGCCACAAAGCCCCACAUGAGAAUUAGAAGGGGUGGGAUUGCCCCAGCACAGCUAUUAAUUCACUAUUCAUUCACCUUGAGCCAUUCUUUCUCCUUCGUGGAGCUCAGGAGCCAGACCUGAAAAACUAGGGGACUAAGUGUCAAUCUCUCCAAAGUCCCUUUCAACUCAGAACAUCUGUGAGCUGAGACUCCAGCUUCCAGAUAGAAGCUUCCAACCAAACAAAGAUCAAACAAAUCAAUAAAAUGAAUAAUCCCAGGGACAUCUGGCUGAAUGUCACCUCAACAGGUCAAAAUAUGGUUCAAGAUGCCUUCCAGAUUGAUCUUGUUUGUUCAGCAAACCCUCCAUCAGUUUGUAAAGAUCAAGGUGACACUGUCGCUUAGCCAGGGACUAGCUGCCAUCCCCGGCAUGACAUAUGUGUUCCCUGCUUCAGACACCUCUCAGAAAAUCAGUUCUGUGGAGGGCUUGUGAGUCGCCCAUAAAGCUGUUGAUAGACAAAGCUGUCGAUAGACCUUGAAAAUGGUGAGAAGAACUUCUGAGCAAUGCCAGCCUCCUAUCCUGACCUGGGCUGCCAAGAGAUUUGUCCAGCAACAUCAAACCUGACACUUCCAUAUCAUCUUUGAAGAAGCAUCUUAUUUGUUGAAAGACUUUGAUGAACCAUUUGGGUUGAAUUGUAAGCUCCUGAGGUUUUGCUUCAGGAAAAGAAGAGAGGCCCUCUACUGGUAUGAAAAAUAAAAAUAAAAAAUGAAGUAAAAUUCAUUUUUCUCAAGAGAAAAGAAAGAAAUACUAACUGUGCAAAGUUUGUCUAGAAAGUAUUUAAAGAAGAAAAGGAUGAGAGGGGUCUGAGGAAAUAAGAACAGCUAAGGGGAAACAUUAGGUCAUGUGCUAAGCAGCAUGUUAUAGCAGCCUCCUCCUAGGUCUCGUUUGUGAAAUAUUCAGUAAAGUCUACCUUUUGUCUUUAAUUUUUUCUGUGAGUAGAUUAUUUGAGAGGAACAAGCAUUGAAAAAGGUGAAGGUGAUCAUAAUGUAUGCAUAAAAUGUACCAAUGAACUUAAUGAAUCAUAAAAAAAAGAAAAAGGUGGUGAAUCCAUAAGCCAAGUGCUAUGUGGUCAGAACACUGGCAGACUUUGAGAAAACAAAGCUGAAGGUAAAGGGGACAACCUGCUUCGGAGCUGCAUAUUAACUGAGUAGGACAAGUGAAUCUUGACUAAACCAAUCACACAUUCUUGAGAAGGUACAUGCAGCCUAAGUGUAUGUAAACUAAGCAAACUUCUACUCUCUCAUUCUAACUCUGGAAAGAUUCUAUUUUCAUUUCUACUAACUGUCCUCUGUAACUGACUUUUGCAGUGUGAGUGGUGCCUAAUUUCAGUUUCUGUCAAGCAGUGCUCAGAAAAACAAUUGCUAAAGACACAAGGGGAACAUCAUUUAAAAGAUGAAUAUGUCUUUUAAAAAGGACAAUGAUUAUUAAUAAGUCAAGCGAUAAGUGCAUAGAAAACAGAAAACCCAGAAAAUUAAAAUUUAAAUUCUGUUAGUCUUGAGCAUUAACCAGAUCCUGGGAAUUUUAUGAGCAAAUGACAUCUCUACAGGACGGAAAUAAGUCACUUUUUUAACUGGGAACCCAAGCUACCUAAAACAUAUGCCUCUUUGGUAAACACUGAACUUGACUUUACAGAUUGCCCUCUUCCCUUCCUCCCACAUCCCAAGUCCAAAGCAUGCACACACACACACACACACACACACACACACACACACACACACACAAACACACAAACACACAUCACUCAUUAUACUUGCAGAACUUAUAGAAGAAAUGAUGGGUGAGCUGAUGAAAAAUAACAAGUAGAUUAAUAUUCAAGGUAGACUAAUGUCUUCCUGCCCUUGGAGAAAAUCACAUGACUUUCUCCACAUUCAGCAACUUUAUUUUCACCUGGGCUCCCAUCACCCAUUGAUGCCUCCUGUCACUACAUUACCUCAUUCCUCCUCAGAAUACCCCUCCCCGUGUCACAAAAACAAUGACUCCUAGUAUGGCAGGAUGCCUGAAAAGUGCUUGGUCUGAACAGGCACAAAAAGAAGGAAGUGCCUAGGGAAGCUGGGUAUAAUUUACCAAGCAAGAAAGAUUUCCAACAUCUUGGGAAUACCUGUGAGUAUUCCAGUCCAGGGAAAAAACUUUUAAAGGAGAAUAGAAAAGUCAUUGAGCAUCAACUCUGGAAGGAUCCAGAGAGAUAGCAAAGCCAAUGGCUUCCUAAUGGAUGGAAUACCAUGGGAAAUAAACAUUUGUCUAGAUCUCACUAGGAUUUCAACCCCACCUCCUGGCUCCUCAAUAAACUUGACUGCACUCCUUUUAUGGUCUUUCUGUAAUUCUUCAGCCCUACAUUGGAGCAGUCCCCCACAACCAAGAUUGUUCUCUGGUGUUCCCUGCUCCACCCCAGUCACUCCAGAAUCAUCAUUCUACUUGAAAUACAGAUGGUCCUUCUGUAGCUUUGGUACACAGUCAAAUCCCAGAAAGGGAUUAAAGUCUCACCACAUUAAAAUUAUGAUCCUCAGAAAUUAUGAUAAAGCCAAUAUUUUUUCCAAUAAAGCUUAUUUUAAUUUGAAGUUAUGCAUAUAUGUAUGUGUGUAUGUGUAAGUAUAUAUGUAUAUGCUUACAUGUGUGUGUAUAUGCAUGUGUUCAUGUACAUAUGUGUCUAUGUGCAUGUGCAUAUGUAUGUGUGUAUAUGUAUGUAUGUGUACAUAUAAUAAGUCCCUGACUUAUGAACAAGUUCAGUUUCAGGAGAAUGUUUGCAAGACAGAUUCAUUUGAUGUGCAAUAAAGUGAGGCUUAUACACUUUUGACACAAAUAUAUAAUGUAAAACUAAAAAAACAGACACACAAAAAUACGGUACACUGUCACACUGUAUAGUAAGCACACUGCAGCAUAACUGUGACAAUGUCUAGCAGACACAUGGGCUACUCCCACAAUAUAUUGACAUCUACAAAUGUUUGUAAUGCAAGGUCUGUUCUUAUCUGUGAAAGUGUGCAACUCAGGUGUUUGUGAGUCAGGGCAUUACUGCAUUCAUUUUCCCCUGGUGGUCUGUUUAACUGAGGUUCAGGAAAAAAAGCCUGAUUUUUGCUCUGGGAAUUCCAAAAUUUAUAUAUGCUAAUUAUUUAUUUUUAAUUAAGAAGAGAACAGAAAAUAAUAUUUCUUCCAUGCUUCAUUGCCCUAUUUAAGAACUGUUAAUAUUUUUCUAUAUUUCCUUCUGCUUCUCUUAAAAUAAUCCCCACAGAACUGAAAUCUCACCCUUCUAUCCAUUCCCCUACCUGCUGUCCAGAGAUUACAUGGCCAUUGCCCAGG